UCCAGGCCCCAGCGCGUACCACUCUGGGGCUCCCGACGCGGCCUCUCGUAGAUCAAUCGCGUGCAGGGCUGGAGGAGCGACUCCGGGCCCUUGCUCUCGCGCCAGAGGUCGGAAGAGGGUGGGUCGCCCGCGCCCGAGGGCGAGGGCGGGAGAGGAGCUGGAGGAAGGAGCGCUCGCUCGCCUGCUGCCUCGCUGCCUCCCCGGCACUCACUCUCCGGACUCUUAGGUUUGCUGGCUGCUCCUCCCACCCGCGCCCGCCUCCUUGCUCUCUCGCUCGCUCACUGGAGCUGGUUUCCAAGCCCUGCGGUGCGUCCCGGCGAGUGCGGGGCGAGGGGCCCCAGACCAGCGCCGAGCAGGAGGUGGGGGUCCGGGCAGAGCUCAGCCGGCCGGGGAGUGGCCAUGUCUGGCGCGGGCGCAGCGGGGCCCGUCUGCAGCAAGUGACCGAGCGGCGUGGACGGCCGCCUACCCCCUCUGCCACCUGGGGCGGCGCGGGCCUGGGUGCCGGGAGCCCGGAUCGCGCGUAGAAUCGGCGCGAUGCACGUGCGCUCGCUGCGCGCUGCGGCGCCACACAGCUUAGUGGCGCUCUGGGCGCCUCUGUUCCUGCUGCGCUCAGCCCUGGCCGACUUCAGCCUGGACAACGAGGUGCACUCAAGCUUCAUCCACCGGCGCCUCCGCAGCCAGGAGCGACGGGAGAUGCAGCGUGAGAUCCUCUCCAUCUUGGGCUUGCCCCAUCGCCCGCGCCCCCACCUCCAGGGCAAGCACAACUCUGCGCCCAUGUUCAUGCUGGACCUGUACAAUGCCAUGGCGGUGGAGGAGGGCGGCGGGCCCGACGGCCAGGGCUUCUCCUAUCCCUACAAGGCCGUCUUCAGCACCCAGGGCCCCCCUCUGGCCAGCCUGCAAGAUAGCCACUUCCUCACCGACGCCGACAUGGUCAUGAGCUUCGUCAACCUCGUGGAGCACGACCGGGAGUUCUUCCACCCACGCUACCACCACCGGGAGUUCCGGUUCGAUCUUUCCAAGAUCCCGGAAGGGGAGGCUGUGACCGCAGCUGAAUUCCGGAUCUACAAGGACUACAUCCGGGAGCGCUUCGAUAACGAGACCUUCCGGAUCAGCGUCUACCAGGUGCUUCAGGAGCACUUGGGCAGGGAGUCUGACCUCUUCCUGCUCGACAGCCGCACCCUCUGGGCCUCCGAGGAGGGCUGGCUGGUGUUCGACAUCACAGCCACCAGCAACCAUUGGGUGGUCAACCCAAGACACAACCUGGGCCUGCAGCUCUCCGUGGAGACUCUGGAUGGGCAGAGCAUCAACCCCAAGCUGGCGGGCCUGAUUGGACGGCACGGGCCGCAGCACAAGCAGCCCUUCAUGGUGGCCUUCUUCAAGGCCACCGAGGUCCACCUCCGCAGCAUCCGGUCUACUGGGGGGAAGCAGCGCAGCCAGAACCGCUCCAAGACGCCCAAGAACCAAGAAGCGCUGAGGAUGGCCAGCGUGGCAGAGAACAGCAGCAGUGACCAGAGGCAGGCCUGCAAGAAGCACGAGCUGUACGUGAGCUUCCGCGACCUGGGCUGGCAGGACUGGAUCAUCGCCCCCGAAGGCUACGCGGCUUACUACUGCGAGGGGGAGUGCGCCUUCCCCCUCAACUCCUACAUGAACGCCACCAACCACGCCAUCGUGCAGACGCUGGUUCACUUCAUCAACCCGGACACGGUGCCCAAGCCCUGCUGCGCCCCCACCCAGCUGAACGCCAUCUCCGUCCUCUACUUCGAUGAUAGCUCCAACGUCAUCCUGAAGAAAUACAGAAACAUGGUGGUCCGGGCCUGCGGCUGCCACUAACCCCUGCUGGAAGCUGACCCUUGGGCCGUGUUUGUCUGGAUCCAGGUGUCACCCUGCCCAGUGUCUCACCACCGGCCUUGGCUGGGCGCCAACAGGCCAGCUGCCUGUUUUGAGACCGUCCCUUCCCCUUUAGCUGGAGGCUGGAGGAGUUUCAGGGUUUGAGUGUCAAAUGGCUGGGGGUCCAUUUCGCACUGGCAGCAUCCUGUGGACAAGGUCCUUGAAGCCACUGAGGCAAAACCUAACAGGAAACAUCUCUUCGAGGAAAAUCUCGGUCGCUGUCAUUGGCUGUGCGGUGUCCCCCAUGCACUGACUCGCCGGCUCUGGAGGCAACGGGAGACCAUCAGCAAGGCCACCUUGCAGGGAGGAAGGGUGUGGCCAGGGGCGGACCCGUGUGGCUGAGCUGAAGGAAAACUGGCGGGGAAGGUCCUGUAACAAAUGUCACAAUAAAGCCAAUGAAUGAAAAUGGCCGGGAUGUUACAGAUAUAUUUUCCUGAACAAUCCAUCCCCGUUUCUUGGUUGAUUCGUAAACAGCAGUGUGGCCACCGGAGGGCAGGAGGUCCCCAGUUCCAUUCCUGUCUCAGUCUGAGGCUGCAGGGGCCUGUGUUUACCUGGACCUGCCCAAACAGCCCGGAGGGAAGGGCCAUGUGCCCACAAGGCGGGCGUGUUGGUCCGAGAAGGUAUGCUGGGGCAGGAAUGGACGUGGGGACAGGCUUUCCCUGCAAGGAGACCAGCGUGCAGUCGCAGACGGGCUAGAACAGAAGUAGGGCAGAACUCGGGCUGCAGCCUGAGGUCAAGAAGCAGGGCACGCUCCUCCUCUGAGCAGGACCCCAAGCUCCCCUCUGGUGGCAUCUGAAGCCGGGCCUGCAGGGUCACUGUGGCUUCCUCUCUUCACUUGCUAACCCUAUUAGAGGGCUCUGCAAACAGACUGGCUCCUUAAAGUAGGCAAGAGACCCCGGUGGGAGGGCGGAGAGGCACAGGGCCGCCGACUCCGACCCCAAGCAGGAGGGUGACCAGGCUCAAAUCCCCACGGGGUGAGGCUCUCAUGAGGUUCUGGGUGCACACCCCCUUGGCCUUGGCGGUGGUUCCCAGAGUGGUGUUCACCCAGCUUCUAGCUGCAAACGCAAGGCCAUGGGGGCAGCUGACCCUCUGCCAGAGUUUCCUGUGUCUACAGGAAGGAGGCAGCACCUUGGCCAGUGGGGAGCUCAGUCUCGUCUCUCCUGGAAACCUCGGGCCUCUGCUUUUCUGUUUUCUUCUUCAGUAGCUUGGGCUGCAACCCUUUCUGCCUGGUCAUGAGGAAACAUUAUUUUUGUUACAAUUUGUUCUGUUGGUUGGCAGAGUGGGGGCUUUUGUGUCCCCCCUCUUGGUCGGAUUUCCCCCACCCACCGCCGCUCCCAGUCUCUGGUUAGCGUUCUGUGUCCACUUAAACCUGUAAAUAGCUGUGACGAGACACAGAAAUUAUUUAUUUCCGUCUGAAGCUCUUUUUGAAACCAUCCCUGCCCUCGUUCAGGACCGUGAACGCUGGCCUCUGACCUGGUUGUUUUCUUAUUUAAGAGUAUUUAUUAACAGUUGGACCGAUGUACCCACGGCUGUGGCAGGCUGCCCUCCGUGAAAAUUCUGUACAAAGACAAAAUAAAAAGGGUUUUGAUUUGUAAUAAAAGGAGACGUUUGGUUCUGG